AUGUUAAGGGAACAUCUGUCCAGAGGACCUCAAUGUGAUGCCACUGGGUAUCAUUCACCGCUAUGUGAGGCAAUUGGAGAACCAACAGCUCUUUGUAGUUUUAUUGCCUCAUCAUGUCCAAGAGCAUUUGCUGAGGAAAUAUGUUGGAAGAAAGAAAUGUCCUUCUAUUUCUUUAUGGGGUGGGGAUGUCCCGCUGCUCUGGUCGGAGUUUCCGCUGGCUUAGCGAACGAGGGCUACGGAAACCAGAGAUUCUGCUGGAUGUCAACAGAUGGAACACUUAUCUGGACGUUUACGAUUCCGAUCAUCAUUAUUGUCGCGCUCAACACUCUCGUCUUUAUCAUGGCGUUGUUCACUUCACUUCAAAAACAAUCAAGGAAGAGACGUCGCCGGCAUCACCACCAUCACCAUGACGACGAACAAUCUAACUGUUUUAUCUCCUAUUGGACAAGACGGUUCGGAAAGAGUUCAAGAAUGUGUACAUGCGCUUGAAGACUGAGGACAAGACAUACGGGAUACAGAAACCCACGCAGCAUUUUAAACGCUCCUAUCACCCUGGGGAGACGGCACCUCUCCGAUCCCCGUAUGAUUUUGACGACGAUGGAAACGCCACUAGCACAUCUACCACGGAGCCAUCCAGCAGCGGUUUCCGUAGCAGUGUAACGAGUCGGUUCACCACAGACAACAGUAUCACGGAUACUAUAGGAGAUGAAGAUACCAGUGCACCAGAUGGAAAAUCGCGAAAGGCCAAGUACCCUGAUAAUCCUGAACUCGCCCCUUGCAUUUGACAGGCCCUCUUCUUCUCGGUGGGCUCGUGCCGCUACCAAUUAAAUUCCCAGUGCCCUACAAACAUUUUACUGGCUGCAUCAGAAAUGUUUACAUCGAUCACAAGUUCUUGGACCUCAGUCAGCCAUUGUACAACAACGGAACCAGUGCUAAAUGUAAAGCAAUGGGCAACACGUGCGCCUAUAAACAACCUUGCGGGCGAGGCACGUGUUUUAACUUACUUGGUACUCGCCGGUGUGACUGUCCCACUGGAUUUGAUGGAAGUCG